UACUCUUCCUCCCACCGCCGCCGCCGCCGCCGCCGCCGCUCGUCGUUUCAAGAGGCCGCCUCCAACCGCAGCGCAGGUGACCCAAAAGCUUCUUUUCAAUCGCGUCGAUCCGAUACAAGGCGUGGCUAGGAACCCAGCACCAAUCGGGUCAAAAGGGGCUACUCCGCUGCUGUGCACGGGCGUGACCCUGAACUUCGUAGGAAAAAAAGCAGGAUGAGCGAAGAGGACUCGACGAGCGCCGCCGCCGCGCAGCAGCCGACGAGCCGGCCAGCUCCGAAGCUCAACGAGAGGAUCCUGUCGUCGCUGUCGAGGAGGGCGGUGGCCGCGCAUCCGUGGCAUGAUCUCGAGAUAGGCCCUGGGGCUCCAGCGGUGUUCAAUGUGGUUGUUGAGAUCACAAAGGGAAGCAAAGUAAAAUAUGAGCUUGACAAGAAAACUGGACUGAUUAAGGUUGAUAGAGUUCUGUACUCAUCAGUUGUAUAUCCUCACAACUAUGGUUUCAUUCCGAGAACACUUUGUGAAGACAACGAUCCAAUGGAUGUGUUGGUCCUGAUGCAGGAGCCUGUUAUUCCUGGUUCUUUCCUCCGAGCUAGAGCAAUUGGCCUUAUGCCCAUGAUUGAUCAGGGCGAAAAGGAUGACAAGAUCAUAGCAGUCUGUGCUGAUGAUCCUGAAUACCGUCACUACAAUGACAUCAGCGAGCUGUCUCCUCACCGCCUCCAAGAGAUCAAGCGCUUCUUUGAAGACUAUAAGAAGAAUGAGAACAAGGAGGUCGAUGUCGAUGCGUUCUUACCUGCGACCACUGCCCGCGAGGCCAUUCAGUAUUCAUUGGACCUGUAUGCGCAGUAUAUUCUGCAAAGCUUAAGGCAGUAGCAUGUCGGUGGUUGUUCUAUCGCGGAAAUCUUCUAUUAGUAACAAGCGGGGAAGAGCUGAGACUAUGGCCCCGUUCGGAUCUUCUCCUGCUCCUAGCUUCCUCGGCUCCGCGCUGGAGCCAGCCCCAACGCCACGGCUCCGAGAAGACCGCUUCGUGGAGCGAAGUCCCCUCGUAGUGCAAAAAAGAGAAGAUGGUCGAGCCCCGCUCUCAAAAAUCGAAGGAGAUAGAGUUGGGGAUUAUUACACGAUAUGCCACCGCCAAGUGACCAGGGGGCAGCGUACCGGUUCGCUCGACUUGUUCUUUCCCCUCGAGACGUUGCUAUUCCAUUGAAACCUGGCCUGCCUUUCCUUUGAACGGGCCUAAAGCAAGUUUAUUGGGCUAUCAGCCCAACUAACCAACUGGAAGUGGAAGCUGGCCUCCCGAACGGUUUCUCGUGAGCCAGGUUUUGUACGAGAAGUAGGAUUUGGUAGGAGGAGCGGAAGCGGGAAAUACACUUUGGUUCCUGGGUGUAUAUACACCCUAUAUGGGAAUUUAUUAUUAUUAUUUUAAUAAAAAGUCAAAAUAGGUAAGAACUAUUUUGACAAAACACUUGACUUA